AUGACGCUGUGGGCGAUAAGAAAAGAGUCUGAAGAAAUAGAAAGAAAAAAGGCAAGUAAAAAAGCAAAGAAAAAUUUAAACAGUUUAGAAGGUUUAAUGAAAAAAUAUAAGUCAAAAUCAACUACAACAAAACUUGAUUUAAAAGAUUCGUCCUCGUGUGCUACAGGAAAUCAGUGUACUGCGUCUUCAUCUACAUUCAACAUAGAGUCUACAGAACCACAGCCAUCCGUUGUACAGUCAUCCUAUCCAGUAAAUAUUAUUUUACCUGAUCACAGUACAAUACCUGAGCACACUUCUAUACCUGAGUUGUCAGACAACCACCACCAA